AUGUCAAAUACAAGGAUAGGUGGUGCUCUUCCAAACAACUAUGCACUGACUGCUCAACAGCUCGCAAGAGCAAGCAAAAUCAAUGAAAUAGACGAUAUGAUGGGGUAUGAGAGUUACGUACCUCCACAACACAAUGAGAGGAUAGAUGUGAACCAUUUAGAGAACGUACCAGGACGUGUUGGGUGGCUGAUCAAUAUGCAUCCUACUACUGUUACUUCAGAGUCCAUGACAGGUAAGUCCGAAUUUGCAGGAGGUAUAUCGGCGGUAGAUUAUUAUUUCCUGGACGAAGAAGGUGGUAGUUUUAAAUCAACUGUGAGUUAUGACCCAUACUUUUUCGUGAAAUGUAGUGAUGAUUAUAGAGUGCAAGAAGUGGAGGAAUUUCUCAAAAAAUAUUUAGAAUCAUGUGUUAAGGAAGUGAGCGUAGUACAGAGGAAGGAUUUGAAAAUGGAUAACCAUCUCGUGGGGCUGGAAAGAAGUUUAGUUAAAUUGACAUUUAUAAAUUCCAACCAAUUGUUUGAAGCAAGGAAACUGUUAAGACCAAUUUUGGCACAAAACGAGAACAAUAAAGUUCAAAAAAAUACUUACAGGGUACAUGUACCUCAUCGUACUAGUAACAAAUUUGAAGAUGCCAAAGCACUGAUAGAAGACAUUAGAGAACACGAUGUGCCAUAUCACGUACGAGUUUCGAUUGAUAAAGAUAUUCGUGUAGGAAAAUGGUACAAGGUAACGUCAGCGGGUUUUUUCGAGUGUGCGGAAAAAGUGGCAUUCGCAGAUCCAGUAGUCCUAGCGUUUGAUAUUGAAACGACAAAGGCGCCUCUGAAGUUUCCAGAUUCUUCUACAGAUCAAAUUAUGAUGAUUUCUUACAUGAUAGACGGUGAUGGUUUCCUAAUAACCAAUAGGGAGAUUAUUUCUGAAGAUAUUGAAGAUUUUGAAUACUCGCCAACACAGGAAUUUUUGGGUAAUUUUGCUAUUUUCAAUGAAGCUGAUGAAUUAUCACUUUUACAAAGAUUCUUCGAACAUAUUAGAGAUGUAAGGCCGUCAGUAAUUGCUACAUUCAACGGUGAUUUCUUCGAUUGGCCGUUUGUUGAUAAUAGAGCAAAGAUAAAUGGAUUAGAUAUGUAUGAAGAGAUUGGCUUCGCUCCCGAUGCCGAAGGUGAAUAUAAAUCACCUUACUGUUCUCAUAUGGAUUGUUUCCGGUGGGUCAAACGUGAUUCUUACCUGCCACAGGGUUCGCAAGGUUUAAAAGCUGUGACUCAAGCUAAAUUAGGUUAUAAUCCCAUUGAAUUGGAUCCUGAGUUAAUGACACCUUAUGCAUUUGAAAAACCACAACAAUUAUCAGAGUAUUCGGUUUCUGAUGCUGUGGCCACGUAUUACCUUUACAUGAAAUAUGUUCAUCCGUUCAUCUUUUCCCUCUGUACAAUUAUUCCAUUAAAUCCUGAUGAAGUUUUGAGAAAGGGUACUGGUACUCUUUGUGAAAUGCUUCUUACUGUGCAAGCAUACAAGGGUAAUAUUUUAUUGCCCAACAAAUACACGGAUCCAAUUGAAAGAUUCUAUGAUGGUCACCUUUUGGAAUCAGAAACUUACGUUGGUGGACACGUCGAAUCUCUAGAAGCCGGAGUGUUUAGAAAAGACAUUAAAAAUCACUUUAACAUCGAUCCAGAAGCCAUUGAUAACCUUUUAGAAGAAUUACCGCAUGCAUUGAAAUUUUGUAUUGAAGUAGAAAAUAAAACACCUAUGGAUAAAAUAACGAAUUAUCAACAAGUGGAAGAUGAAAUUAGAUCUAAAUUAUUGGACUUGAAACAUAAUAAUAAAAGACACGAGUAUCCUUUAAUUUACCAUGUGGACGUGGCAUCCAUGUAUCCCAAUAUUAUGAUUUCUAAUAGACUUCAGCCGGACAGUAUGAAGACUGAAAGGGACUGUGCUAGUUGUGAUUUCAAUAGACCUGGUAAGAAUUGUGAUAGACGUAUGAAGUGGGCAUGGAGAGGUGAAUUCUUCCCUGCGAAGAUGGACGAAUAUAACAUGAUUAAAAGAGCAUUACAAAAUGAAACUUUUCCAAAUCCUAAUAAGAUGUCCAAGAAGCAAUUCUUAACAUUUGAUGAGCUCAGUUAUGCUCAACAAGUUUCACAUAUUAAAAAAAGACUGACAGAUUACAGUAAAAAGAAUUAUCAUAGAAUAAAAGCAUCCGAAGUGGUGGAAAGGGAGGCCAUCAUUUGUCAAAGGGAGAAUCCCUUUUAUGCCAAUACUGUGCGUGCCUUCCGUGAUAGAAGAUAUGAGUUCAAAGGUUUAGUCAAAAAGUGGAAGAAUAAAAAGUCUUCACUUGAUAAAUCUGACAAGCAUGGCAGAGAUGAAUCGCAGAAAAUGGUUAUUCUUUAUGACUCUUUGCAACUGGCACACAAAGUUAUUUUAAAUUCGUUUUAUGGUUAUGUUAUGAGAAAAGGUUCCCGUUGGUAUUCUAUGGAAAUGGCAGGUAUCACUUGUUUAACAGGUGCAACUCUAAUUCAAAUGGCAAGAAGUUUAGUCGAAAGGCUGGGAAUACCGUUGGAAUUGGACACUGACGGUAUAUGGUGUACUAUUCCACAAUCUUUUCCAGAUGAAUUUAAAUUUACUCUCGAAAAUGGCAAGAAGUUGUCGCUGUCGUACCCUUGUUCAAUGCUUAAUUACAGAGUUCACCAAAAGUUUACCAACCAUCAAUAUCAAAAUUUGGUUGACCCAGCUAAUUACAAAUAUGAGACGCUCAGUGAAAAUUCCAUUUUUUUCGAGUUGGAUGGUCCUUAUAGGGCAAUGGUUCUCCCUACUUCUAAAGAAGAAGGUAAAGGUAUUAAGAAAAGAUACGCUGUUUUUAACGACGAUGGUUCGCUGGCCGAACUUAAAGGUUUUGAAUUAAAAAGACGUGGUGAAUUGCAAUUAAUCAAGAACUUUCAAGGAGACUUAUUUAAGGUCUUCUUGGAGGGUGAUACCUUAGAAAAUUGUUAUGCCGCUGUGGGAAAAAUUGCAAAUAGAUGGUUGGAUAUUUUGGAUUAUAAAGGAUCCAUGCUAGAGGAUGAAGACUUGGUCGAUUUGAUUUGUGAAAAUAAGAGUAUGAGCAAAACUUUGAAAGAAUACGGGGGUCAAAAGUCAACAUCCAUUACGACGGCUAGAAGGCUCGGUGAGUUUUUGGGAGAGGAGAUGGUCAAAGACAAAGGUCUUCAAUGUAAAUAUGUCAUAAGUGCCAAACCAUUCAAUACUCCAGUGACAGAUCGUGCCAUACCGGUGGCCAUCUUUUUGGCAGAGACUUCUGUUAAAAGGUCAUUUUUGAGAAGAUGGACUAUGGACAUGUCGCUAGAAGACUUCGAUCUCAGAAAUAUUUUAGAUUGGGGUUAUUACCGUGAGAGAGUUGCAUCAGUUAUCCAAAAAAUUAUCACGAUUCCUGCAGCUUUGCAAGGUAUUCCCAAUCCAGUUCCUAGGGUUGAACACCCACCUUGGUUGCAGAAGAGAAUAGCCGCCCAAGGCGAUAAGUUCAAGCAAACUUCCUUGAACAGGUUCUUUGUAAAGAAAGAUGAUUCCCCAGCUAAUGGUCGUGUUAAAGAUAUUGAGGACAUGUUCACUUCAAAGGAAGGUGAGCAAGCUACACGGAAAGUUGCAAAAGUUUCUACCGCUAAGAAAGUAUCGAAGAGGAGAAGAGAUGAAUCUAAUCAAGUUGAAGAAGCACUGGUUUUACCAACGGAAAUGCCCUCCAUGGAUGAAGAUUAUGUUGCAUGGUUAAAUUACCAGAAGAUAAAAUGGAAGAUUCAAGCUAGGGACAGAGCCCGUAGAUCACAACUGUUUGGUGAAUCAAAUAAUUCUGUGGAGAGAACUGCACUUGGUAGCAUGAUUAGGAAACAGGCUGAAUCAUACGCAGAUUCUACUUGGGAAAUUUUGCAAUAUAAACCAUCAGCACAACCUGGUGUUCUGGAUGUUUACGUGAGCAUCAAUGAUAAGAUUCAAACUUUGAAGUUCAUCAUUCCGAAGACUAUCUACGCUAAAUUCAAGAUGACACCAUAUGCGGAAAUGAAGUACUGUGUUUUGGAGAGGACCAAUGCCGUAUUGCCUAACAGUCCAGAAAUGAAAGAUACUUCUUCUCAAAAUCUUUACAAAAUUACGUUACCAGAAAAUGUGUUUUUGGAACAAAUUGAAGAUAGUACGAGUAGUUUGAAUGAUGAAAAUGUGGUAGGUAUAUUUGAGGGUUCCAUCACUGCUACGGAAAGGGCAAUCAUGGAGUUGGGUUCCACGGUAACGUUCAAAUCCAAUACUGUGGGCACUUUGGGUAAGGGCCUACAGAAAGGUUUUGAUAUGAAAAACUUGAUGACAGAGGAGAGCGAUAGAUAUCUAAACAGGUUUUCUAUGGCUGUAAGCUAUCUACUCCACGUUCCUACGAAUAUUGGCUACGAGUUUUUCCUAAUGUGCAACUCUUGGAGUGAAACUGUGGAAGUUUUCUUCAUUAAGCCUUCCGCGCAAGCUCACGAUAUAAGCGCUUCAAGCUUGGAGCAGCUUUACAAGGACGCGUAUCUAAAAAAAAUAUCCAAAUUACAGGGUUAUUCUCGAUUUUUCGACCUGAAGGACCAUAUGAAGUUUGAGCUUCAUGGUUUUGUUGAUAUUGCCAAGCUCUACCGUAAGAUCACUAGUCAAAUCAAUCAACAAAAGGAAGACAAAGGGUUCCAAUUCCUGUUGAUGUUACAAUCGCCCUAUUCAUCUAAAUUGUUGAAUGCUUUAAGGGUUUUGAAUCAAGUUCCUAUAAUUGAAAUUGCAAUGACAGAGUUAAUCUUGCCUCGUUUGAAUUGGCAAGGUGCUCUUAACAAAAAGUUGAUUUCCAACAUUUUGUCUUGUGGUCCAAGGCUAUCCCACUUGGUCACUUUGUCUCAAUUCAGUAAUAUUCCAUUAUGCAACCUGAAAGUCGACACUAUGGGAUACAUUAUUGAUAUCUUGUAUGCUAGAAGGUUGAAGAAAGAAGGAAUGGUUAUGUGGUGGAACGAAAAUUCUCCUUUGGCAGAUCACGGUGGUGUCCAAAAAGAUUAUGAUCCGAAUACUGCAUGGCUGCAAAAUGAUUUGGAAUUUCCUGUCAUCAAUAAUGUUGGCGUCUAUGACAAGGCUGUUCUUGAAAUCGAAAUGUCUAAUUUAACCGUGAACACGGUCUUAGGAUCUGCAUUGAUCACCGAAGCGGAGGGUUGCGAUUUGGCUGAGGCGGAUGCAGAGAACGAUGCUGCAUUAAGAGCAACUUCAUCAAUGGGUGCCUUUGUUCAAGAUGCGUUUUCCAGCGGUUCUUUGGCGGUUCUAAGAAAUAUGCUAAAGGAUUGGUGGGACAGUGCAUUAAAGGAUAAUAUGAUUGCUGAUUUGCUUGUAAACUCAUUUGUGAACUGGGUUCAAGAUCCCGACUCCAAGCUCUUUGACAAUGCAUUAAGGUAUCAUGUUCACAAUUUGACCAAGAAAUCUCAAUUGCAAUUGAUCAAUGAGUUUUACAACUUAGGUUCCACUGUUGUCUAUUCAGACAGAAGCCGUCUUUUGGUGAAGACUAAGAAAUACUCUCCUGAAACUUGUUAUGCUUAUGGUCAAUACAUCAUUAAAGCCAUUAGAACGAAUCCCGCCUUUACCUAUUUGGAUCUAAAGAUUGAUAGGUAUUGGGAUCUACUUAUUUGGAUGGAUAACUACAAUUUUGGUGGAUUAGCUUGUACUGAGAUCCGGGAUAAAGAAACGCAGGAUUUUAGAGCUUAUUCGCAGUGGCAUAUCCGGAACUUUUUACCGCCCAUAUAUCAGCAGGAAUUUGACGAUUGGAUGAUGAUCAUUCUUGACAGUAUGCUUAAAACAAAGACACAGUAUUUGGAAUCUAAGACAGGUACACAGAGGUUAACACAAUUGCACCAUUUGCCACAGGAUAAUAACCCUGAGAAUGAAGAAAAUGGCCCGUUGACCAAUUUUACAGAAAUCUUUUCAGGUCCUCUCAUCAAAAGAGUACAAAAAUUAUACAGAAAUCAACAAGAAUUUAUCUUGAAUCCCAGUUAUGCUUCUGACUACGCAUUUCCUGUUUUACCUGGUUCCAACACUGUAUCAAGAAACCCACUACUCGAGUUGGUUAAAUACCUAUGCCAUAUCAUGCUUCUGUGUAAAGAAACUAUCCUGGAGGUGAGAUCAUUGCGUAAGACGUUGCUCAAGAUCUUUGAAGUUAGGGAAUUUGACAAAUCCUCUGAAUUCACAGAUCCAGGUUCAAAGUUGGUUAUUUCGGGAUUGUUAUGUGAAUACUGCUUUUUUAUGAACAAUAUCGAUUUUUGUCAAGGCGGUACUACCCAUUUCGCAUGUGCUAAAUGUCAGAGGAAUUUCGACCAUACCCUAAUUCAGGAACAUCUGAUCUAUAAGCUGCUGGCUGAGAUCGACUCAUACUUGACUCAAGAUUUAAGAUGCUCCCGCUGUCACAAGAUUAGGCAAGAUUUGAUGAGUCCUCACUGUGAUUGUUCAGGUAAAUGGGAGGGAACCAUCUCCAGCGACCAAGUACAGAAGAGCUGCAAGAUUUACAAACAAGUGGCCCAAUUCUUCGAUUUUGAUCUUCUUCUAACCGCCCUUAAUGACAUCAGUAGCUGA